AUGUCCUUGGCUGACACUGCCACCAACAGCGCACACGAGCCCCAUCAACGCCGCCUUCGGUCCCGGCCAGCUCGUUCUCCUUCCCUUACACGCUCUCCACCUUCAACGAGAUCGUCCUCAGUCUCAACGACUCUUAGCAAGCGCUCGCCGUCCCCUAUCGUUACCUUCCACCCAACACCACUCUCCGCGGAGAACCCAAAAGGGGUCAAGAACAUCACCAGGAAGGUUAUCAAGCGCUUGGAGGGGCUUGGGCACCUCGAAAUGGUGGAUUCGGAGGAGGAAGAGCUAAUGGGCAGUGGGGAGGAGCGUGAAGUAGAAAAGGCCCUGUACGCUGCGGGAAGAGAGGCAAUGAAGGCUGCGCAGAAGAAGCUAACCAUCCCCGCCACCAGCAACGGCCACGCGAAGGCGAAUGGCCAUGCAAACGGGCACAUCGCCACACCGAAGAAGCAGAAAACCGACCUGGAGAUUCCGCGGAAGGUGUUGCACAGUUCGAUAGGGUUCCUAACGCUGUACCUCUACGUCUGCGAAGGCGACGUGCGCACGGUCGUGCUCGUGCUAUGGAUGGCGCUCGCGGUCAUCGUCCCCGCCGACCUACUCCGCUUCAACUCGCAGCGGUUCGAGAGGACAUACGAACGGUACCUCGGAUUCCUAAUGCGGGAGAGCGAAAAGCACUCGGUCAAUGGCGUCGUCUGGUACAUUAUCGGGGUCAAUUUCGCCCUUACGUUCUACCCUCAAGACGUGGCCACAGUUGCCAUCCUCAUCCUUUCUUGGGCUGAUACUGCAGCAUCCACAGUGGGACGACUCUAUGGUUCCUACACGCCCAAGCUACCUGCCCGUCUACCCAUCCUCCGGUUGCCUCUGGCCCCGCGUAAGUCUGUCGCCGGGUUCAUCGCAGCGUGUGCCACCGGUGCAGCCAUCGCCGCUGGCUUCUGGGGCCUGAUCGGGCCUCUGCGCGACGGCGGCGCAAAUCUCACCUGGUCUUGGGAGAGCGGAGUGCGACAAGUCGUAGAAGGCGCUGCUGCGAAGAGUUUCGGCGUGGGUGGUGCCCUUGGCUUGCUUGCGAUUUCGCUCGCUGCGGGGCUUGUUAGUGGUGUUGCUGAGGCACUAGACCUCGGCUCCGUAGACGACAACCUCACUCUGCCCAUCAUCUCCGGCGCCUGCAUCCUCGGGUUCCUCAAGGUCCUCGGGCUCGCCGCCUCAUGGUUCUCCUCAUGA